UCUUUAGAUGCCGUCCCCGGGGGUUUGCAUUGAUAUAAAACAGUGAUCUUCAGUUGUUCUUUUAACCAUCGAGUUCACUGCGGUGAUCAAAAUCCAUACAUCCAUCAGUGUGCCAUUAAAAAUCUGCAAUGAGAGAAACAAGUGCUAGAGCCGGAGAACAAUUACUGCAGAGUUGAGAGAGUGAUAAAGUCCCCGCAGCCUGAAGUCAGUAAUGAUAAACAGUAAUAUUGCACAACACAGAACCGCUGAUUAUGGAAAUACACUUGACAUCCAUUUCACUGGAAACAGAGUAACCUCGGUCUGAGCGAUUCCAGUGCUUUAGUAGUUGUGUUUGUAGAGACUUGAUGUUUUCAUAACAGUACAUGUAACAACACCUCUUACUACAAGACUUGCUCUGAGAUGUCACUGGACUGAAGAGAAAAUGAGGUAAGGCUGCUGCAAUUAUUAUCUCCCUGCAAAGGUCAAGGUUAUUGUAUUCAUGGUUUUUGAUGUUUAUGCCAAAGUUUAUUUUGUUUAGAACACAAGUUCUAAUCCUUAGCCUCCUCUCUCCUCGUCAGAAAUGGGCAUUAUUAAUUAUUAUUAUUAUUAUUAUACCAAUUCUACCUCAGUUGACUCCUUUCAACAUAAAAUAGCAAAGGUCUGCCUUGAGUGGCUCCUGUUCUUAUGGCCAUGACCAUAGGGAAGGACCAUAGAUGGACUGGUGAAAUUCAAAGAUAUGCCUUCAAAUGAAUCUCUAUCUACAACAAGACAUUAAGUUCACACUUGUUUAUUAUUUAUUAUCUCAUUAGUCAGUUCUGGGUUUGGGAGUAGUGUUGUGUGUGUCAUCAACUGCCUCUGCAAUUGCAUAAACUGCAGUAAAAAGCCUGAGCAGUUUAAUUAAUAAAAUCUGUUUGCGAGGACUUGGAUUUGUCCUCUAGGUGGCAGCAAAGUCAUGAGGCUUCUUAUGUCACCCAACCAGCAGGUUAUGCAACAUCAUUUUAAAAAUACAGUAAUUUCACAAAAAUGACUGUAUUGUAAAAUUAAGAUGACUCCAGCUGCCACUUUUACCUGUCACUGCAGGUGUCAUUGAUAAUAGUAAUAAUUAAUGUGUCAUGCUUAUAAGACUUACAUUAGAUUUAUUAGACACAUCUAAUGUUUGACCAUGGGGGCUUGGUCAGCCUUAGGGGCCCAGAGAUAAUACUGUGGGGGGUAAGUAAAAACUGCAGUGAUUUGUAACUUUUUUUUAACUUAUUGAGAAAAGCACUUUUUUAGGGAUUAUUUUGUUUUAAAUAAAACUGAGUGGCGUUCGGAAGCAAAGGCUUAAAUGUGUUGAUGGAGGAACGUUGGUUCUAAUCCCAUCUACAACAGGGGCGUCUUCCAGAAAAAGCUGUGUAGCCAAUAGAAGACGCCUCCAUUCACCCCUCUACAUUUCAAACACACCAGUGAACUACGCUGACCUAUUUGUUGCAUAAAGGAUUUGCGCUCUAAAAGGAAAAAUAACCUCUGGGCAUUUGUCCAUUCAUAUGUCGUGGUGCAGGAUGCUCCUCACUGCAGUGUAAGAGGCUAAAGUACAUAUAAAAGGCUCAUUCUGUGUAUACACAACAAUGGUUUGAUAAAUACAAACCUACGUUCAUAGCUGAGCUAGUUAGAUUCACUGUGUGAUUUAUUGGAUUACCAUAGGGUUACUGAACACACUCACACAGUCUGAAGCAGUCUUACAUGUUUAGAUAGGUAGAUAUGGAUAGCAAUGACUGAAUGCACCAGUACACCGCAGAAAAUGAAAAGGCUUGCAUUGUACAUGUUUUUUUUAUUCAGACCAUUAAGAACCUGACAACCUCAUUUCACCCACAGCCUCCAGCCCUUUUCUUCAUAUAGUAAAAAGAGGGAGAGCUUUAACAUUUGCUGUUUUCUUCUCUUUUUUUCCCCGUGUGCGUGCAUGCAAGCAAAAUUUGUAGGAAGUCACAGAGUGUGAUUCUUAGAUUAUAAAGACCCUGCAAGAAAUUGUUGUCGGAUUGUGCUUGUAGAGUUUUGCAAAACAAAAUAAAUGUAAAAAUGUAAAUAAAUAUGAAAUUUAUUUAAAAACAUGAUGAGGGAUGUAUCAUGAUCCUCAAGGAAGGAUCAACUCUGAAAACUGAAGAUUUACACAACACGUGCAUUCAGUUAGCCCUUACUUCUACUAAUGAAAUAUAAAAUUAUUUUCAAGCCCAUACUUUAAAGUCAAGCAUGGAACGUUCUAAGUGCGGCUUCCAGCUCUCCUGGUUCAGUUAUAACUUUAGAUUUUCCCCAGUUUCAGUUUUUUUUCCUGUUUAGUUUUCUUGUGUCUCACCCUGUGUUUCUCUUCCAGGUGCUCUCCCUAGCUCAGGAGUGUCAAAUAUACGGGUCGCAGGCCAAAAUUGGCCCACUUGAUUCAUAAUUAUGUUACAGUUGAACUGGUGUGACCCACUAGACAUCUAAUUAUGCUGUAUAUGGCCCCUGAAUCAAAGUUACUUUGACAGCCCUGCCCUAGCUUUUGUGUCCACGCCUCCCCUUGUCUGUCCGUCUACUGUGAUCAUCUGACCAUCCCGACCUGUCUUGUUACUCCACCCCUUUUGUUGCCAGUUCGUAGACUUUCCUCCAGCGUAAUCCCACAUGUUCUUCUUAUCUGUUGCCUUCCUGUACCAUGUAAAGCAAAUCCCAGUUGCCACUUGUAUAUUUCAAUAAUACAUUCCGUGUUGUGGCAUGAAAGGUAUGACAUGAGUUUUCUUUUUAUGCAAAACUAAUAAAGAACCAGUAUUUUCUUGUUUGUGAUGGAACAGGGAUGGGAAGUUCCUGUUUGUUCUAAAUCUGGAGCAUUUUCAUUUUAAUUUGACUCUGCCAAGUGUGUUGCAGUGUGAACCUUUUAGUGCAGUUUGAUAUAAUUUAAGAAACCUGCUCGAUAGUUCAGUUCUGUUAAAUAACCAAUGACUAUAAAAUUCUAAAAAUAUUUUUGUAAUAAUUUUCUUGUCUUAUUACAAUAAGAUAAACCAGCCACAUUUCAUUGCUCAUGCAUUUUUUAAACUAAUACAUACUGGUCUCCUAAUUUAGCAUGGUGGUAGUGCAGUAAAUCAAACUCAGAUGACAGCUUACCUGAUAAGCCGAAUGAUACAGGAAGUAAUACACAGAAUCAAAGUCCAGAAAACAGAGCAUGGGUCAAUACACUUGUCUGAGGAUACAAAGAUACAAAGUCAGUAACACAGACACACAGAAAAAGGUCGAAAACAAGGAAUACACAAAAGUAUUACGAGGGGAAGAUGCUGAAACACUGAGGCACUGACUGAAGAUUAGGUCAAAUCAGUUUGCUUCAGUGGAUUUCUACCCCAAAGCUGCAGAUGUGAUUUAAGCCAGAAUCAUCCGUGAGAAGCAUUCACCAAGGGAAACAGCAUGGAGACUCUGAACUCGUCCGACAGCAGCAGCCUACUUUCUGGAAACCCAUACACAACUGUAGAAGUAGUGCUGAUCAUCCUGGUGACUGGGUGCUUGAGUCUGGUCACUGUCAUUGGAAACGUCUUGGUCAUGCUUUCUAUUAAGGUAAACAGAAACCUGCAGACCGUCAACAACUACUUCCUCUUCAGCCUGGCCUGUGCAGACCUCAUUAUUGGCGUCUGCUCCAUGAACCUUUACACUGUCUACAUUGUGAUUGGCUACUGGCCUUUGGGAGCGGUAGUGUGUGACCUGUGGUUGGCCGUUGAUUAUGUCGUCAGCAAUGCUUCGGUCAUGAACCUGCUCAUUAUCAGUUUUGACCGUUACUUCUGCGUCACUAAACCACUAAGUUACCCAGCACGCCGUAGCACCAAAAUGGCCGGCCUGAUGAUCGCUGCUGCCUGGGUUUUGUCCUUCAUCCUGUGGGCUCCGGCUAUUUUGUUUUGGCAGUUUAUCGUGGGCGGCAGAACUGUGCUGCCGGGUGAAUGCUACAUCCAGUUCUUCUCCAACCCAGCAGUAACCUUUGGAACAGCCAUAGCAGCUUUCUACCUACCUGUGGCCAUCAUGAUCUACCUCUACUGGCGUAUCUCCAAAGCCAGCCGCAGUCGGAUGAAGAGACCGAACAGAAAGACCUCAAGAACCAGUCUGGGAGAAGCCCCCUCUAACGGCAGUCAGCAGGAAGGUUGUGAAACCCAGAACAACUGUAUCACAGUUGGAGCUUCCAAGGAGGUCGGAGAUAUGAAGGAGGAGCCGAUGUUGCAGCAGCUGAACGGAGAGGAAAGAAAAGACAAAGUGGAGUCACGGUUCAUGAACGCAUCAUCGUCUAAAGAUAUAACUGCUGCCCCUGUGUCAUCACAGCCCGAUCCAAAUACAGAGAGGAGGACUCAUCAAACACAGCCACCAUCCCCAGCAAACUCGGCAGCUGAUAGACAGAGUCUGGUCACAAAAACACUCUUCAGGGUGACAAAGCAGAGUGCUGUGGCAAAGUGGAAGAGGAAAAGUGUUUCAUCCCGGGAAAAGAAGGUGACGCGCACCAUCAUGGCCAUCCUGGUUGCUUUUGUUGUCACUUGGACGCCGUAUAAUGUGAUGGUCCUGAUCAACACCUUCUGCUCCAUCUGCAUCCCUAAUUCCCUCUGGACCAUCGGUUACUGGCUCUGCUACAUCAACAGCACCAUUAACCCUGCUUGCUACGCUCUCUGCAACACCACCUUUAAAAACACCUUCAAGCACCUGCUUCUGUGUCAGUACAAGAACAUACGCACAGCCCGAUGAGAGACAAACUACAGACCUGUGUACGACCAAAACAUUGUUGUUUACUUUACCCCCCGUGUAUAAAUGUAUUUAAAUGUAUUUUCCAGUAUUAUGAGUCAACAUAGUAGACAGUGAGUGCAUUGUAUUGUGAGAGAGUACACACCUAAAGGACAACAAGGAGUCUUGUUUGUUUACCUACUGUAGUUCCAACCUUGAAAUUAAAGGUGUAUUUACUGUGAUCAAUAAAUUGAAAUGCUAGUCUGGACUUCAGAAAAAUAUACAGUUUUUAGGGAUUAUGCUAAUAAUAUAUGCUAAUUAUGCUAAUAUCUGUCUGAUAAUAUCAGCCAACCGAUAUUAUUGUUUUUUAUCGUUAUCAUUUUUUUCCUCUGAUAAUGAAACCCAAUAAAACCAUGUUUGGGUUUUGCCAAAAGAUGGGAUUUAAUGAUCAUGGGAUUGUAUAUCAGCAUAUCGGAAAUCAGCAAAAUGUUAAUAUUGGACAUCCCUAGUUUUUGUGUUGUUAACAUGUUAUUUCAUAAGGAGCAACACAGAAUGCUAGCACUGAAGUGAAAACACAAACCCAAACUUCUUAAAAAGUGUAUAAAAUUCAGUGGUUUCUUUCUUCUUUCUUUCCUAGAACUUUUUUUCAUCUUAGCUUUUUUGUGUAAGUAUUGACCAACUUGUUAGUUCUUUUGACUACCUUUCAUGUCUUUUUGGACAAACUUUAGGAGUUUUGUUAAACCUCUAUUGUUUAAGGCAAGGAUGUUCUUGGUCAGCUAUUUUUUAUUUCUUUUAUUUCGGUGGACCUUCAUUUUCAUGCCAGCCUUCGAUUAAGAAUAUACCAAAAUUGAUUUCACUUAAAGUAGUCAAUAAAUGCGAAACCUCAGAAGGAAGUUGGCUUAAGGCACUGAAUCAAAAUCAGACGCUGGCUGAUUUAACUCCCAGACUUGGUGGGACUGAUGACAUGCAUAGACUUCUUUUAGGCUUUUCCUUAGGUUCUACUCUGGUCAAUUAUUUAUUUUUUAUUUUAAUAUUCUGGGCUAACGUUGUGCUAAUUGAAUGCGUAUACUGAUACUUAACUACGGAGCUACAUACAACUAUCUACCUGUCUUCAAAGCGAAGUUGAACGUCUACUACAUUCAUUUCAACAAUAUUGUAAUGAUGACACAUUUAGCUUUCUCGCCUUAGAACAACUAACUCAACUAUGCAAAGCACAUGACAAACCCCAGGGUCCAUGACAACAUUUUCCAAUAUCAGCCUGAGAGCAUAGCUUUGAAAUAAUUCAAAGUCAUAAAUCAUCAGUAACCUCAGUGUAACCUUAUUAUCGUCCGUCCAUUUCGUGCACUGGAGUCACAAAUUCCUGUACUAAAAAGAAGGACAUGACAGGAUGCACUGUCUUCUUCCUCUGGACUUUGUCCCAACAUUGGCCUGGCUUUCAUCACAUCCAUAAACAAAACGCGGAAAUAAAAAGUGACAUUUUCCCCACAGUAUCACAUUCAGAAAGGGACUGUGGACUACUAAGAUUUCUUUGUCUCAGCUGUAGGAGAACAGCUUUGAACAACCGUGGAGCAGCAAUGCCCUCUAGUGGAAAGUGGGUGUUACGACCGUAGAGAUUUCCAUGGACGGUCACUCAGUUGUGAAAGCUUUAGCUAACCUCAUCUUUAAUCUGCAUGUCUUUGGGCUAAACUGGCUCACAGAAAAAGGACAUGAUAUUCUUUUGGUUGUCACACAUGUCCUAUAGUUUGGACACUUGAUUUGUUUGUCCCUAUUGUUGCGGGUGCAGUUUAGUGUAAAGGCACCUCUUUGUUUAGAAUAUAGCCCCUGG